UUUCUCGAGGAGGAAAGUAGGUACAAGAAACCAAAUUGGAAUAAUGUAUUCGAUGCCCUAAUCUUACUAAUGGGGUUGUCCCUUGAGCUAAAAGGGAAAAAGGAAUCUUCCAUCCAUUGCAAACAAAAUCUUAUUUUUACGAUGUUUGCCUUCACAUCGUUUCCAUUUACUUAUUGUCUGAUAGAGGUGUGGAUACGAAGCAUAUCAGCAGCGCUUAAUUCAUCAAUAGUAUCGCAUUUUGGAUGUCAUAUCAAGCGCAUAGUGCCUCUUUCGAGUUGUGUUGCAUUACAAAUUGUGGUGUCGUUUUCAACUGCAGCACUGCUCUUUCGGUUUUCUAGCUUGUGGUCCAAGCUCCGAACAAUACUACCUUGAGAGGAGCAGGUAGAACGACAUUGGAAACGACCAGGCUUAUUAUACGUUUCGCGUAAAAGAAAAAAAUAACGAGGAUUCGUCUAGCCUCGCUGGAGUUUAAAUGUUUUCUUCUAGGUCAUCUCUAAUUCAAGUGUUGUCUCCAUUACUGCCAUCAAGGCAUCGUUAGAUUACGCUUCAGAUGUUGUGAAAUUCAUUAUAUUAGGGGAGGCCCUAUUUUUCAACAAAAUGAGGAUAUAGAGGUGGUAAAA